UCUCCUGACUCAACGUUCCUCAAUUUAAUUUAAAUACAGAUUUGAAGACACCAUAUAUUGACAUCGGACAGAUAUCGAAUUCAACCAUGGGAAGCCAAGACCGAUCUUCAAUCACAACAUACCUUCAAUUAUUGUUCAUCAGUGUGGUUUGUUACAGUGUAGUAUCCGCUCAGACUCCCCCUCCGACAGAGCCCCCAUCAUGUCCAAGUGGCUGCCAAUGUAAUUUUCAGACCAGGGUAGUUGACUGUCAGCGAGGAGGCUUCACCAGCAUACCAACAACCUUUCCAUCAUACACCAGAACUCUUCUCCUCAGUAGUAAUAUUCUGAGAAAUAUUUUUGAGGACUCUUUUGUUGGUCUCUCGAACCUGGUAUCUUUGGACUUGAGCUCUUGUGAGAUAAGAACAAUCAGUCCGAGAGCAUUCAGUGGUUUGGACAACCUUCACACCCUAAACCUUCAGCUGAAUCACAUGGAUACAUUACCUUCUGGAGCAUUUGCAGGGCUCACCAACCUCAGAGAGCUAUAUCUGCAGAGGAACCAGCUGCAGAUAUUACCUGGUGACGUGUUCAAUGAUACAAUUUUUCUCUCGGAAUUGGACAUCGGUAAUAAUAUAAUUACUCAGAUACAUGCCAAUGCCUUCAGUGAUCUCUCGGUGCUGUGGGUUCUCAACCUGGCAUACAACCAACUUGACAGCAUCCCUGAAAUGGUAUUGAAGAAUCUUACGACUUUAAAGCACUUAGCCCUAUCUGGAAAUCCUAUUUCUACCAUCCCGCCAAUGACCUUUAGCUCCCUCACUUAUUUAAAUAUACUGUACCUUGAUAGCUUACAGCUGGAAUCGCUGGAGGUUGAUUCAUUUUUUGGUCUGCAAUCGGUCACUAACAUUGACCUAUCAUACAACCAAUUCCAUACUCUGGAUCCAUCAACAUUUCAACUCCUGACCGAAUUGAGUACUCUACUCCUUGCAGGGAACUCAUGGAACUGUGAAUGUUCCCUCUUACCCUUUGUUCAGUGGCUUAAGCAGAGUAAAAUCAACUACUACAGUCCUCUUUGGUAUUGUACAAAUCCAAAUGAACUCAGAGGCACGGUUGUCUAUGGGCUAGAGCAACACGACUUUGCAUGUGAGCCAAGCAUUACUAAUCCUCCUAUUGACACGACUGUUGGUUACAGGAACAGGGUAUUCUUUCAAUGUGUAGCAAGGGGAGAUCCAACUCCAGAAAUCCAGUGGUAUCAACCUGAUGGCACAAGAAUUACAGCUACAUCCUAUGAGGAAUAUAUGUACACGGCUGUGAAUGGCAUUGUGCUUGUAAUUCAAUUUGCUGACAAAGAACACGUGGGUUCCUUUAACUGCACAGCUACUAAUGUGCAUGGCAGUGAUUCUGUAAAAUUUCAGGUUGACGUCACUGGUCUUCCUGAACCGGAAGUAACCACAAUCCCUGGAAGUACAGCGAGUGAUGGUUCUUCAACCACUGUGGAAGCAUCCACAAGCACUUGCCUUAGUUAUACUUUGUCAAUCAUGGUGGAAUCUGUUGACGAAACAUCUAUUGCAGUUUCUUGGGUCCCUUUUACUGGGGAAAGAGAAAUCACAAGAUAUGUAGUACAGUCACACCUCUUUGGCGAUGAGCAAACAAAUUCAUAUUUUGUCAACAAAACAGAAGACAACUACGAACUAACGAACCUUAUUUCAAACACAGGUUACACCGUCUGUGCUUCUUUUCUCAUUGACCACUGUCCCCUUGUGGUACCAAGAAGGCAAUGUAGAGAAGUGACAACCGCAGGUGUAAAUCCUACUAUAGCUGCAAUGCAAAGGAGACAUCGCCAAGAGAUUAUUGGUACAGUCCUGGCAUGCAUCCUAGGAACACUCCUCCUUAUGGCAACAAUUUUCUUCGUUCUCUGGAGAUACAGGAAACCCAAGACAUACAAUCAAUAUGAUUUCAAAGGCAACACGGACACAGUUGCUUUUGAAGGAAUCCCUGAAGAUGCUGAAGGGUUCGCCUCUGGUUCUGUUACACCUAACAAAUACGAAGUGCAAAAUGGAGCUUACAUCAAUGGAGGAAUGGACAUGUCAAUGGGCACAAGCAAUGAUUACAGCAAAGACCCUAUUGGAGCAAGUAUGAGUAAUGACAACACUGUGAUCCAACACUCGGUUGACGUGCACUCGGAUGUGGAACAUACAGCAGGCUACCACAGUGACAACCUAGCGUCCCAUGGGGAUGUAACAACGGACUCUACUACUGUCUCCUUGAAGUCUACAAAUUCAGUAGUGUCAGGUGAUAGCUCGAGAGACACGCGAGAGCAAAAGGACAAAGCCUCCAAGGACACAGAAUUGGUUUGGAAAGAAAUUGUAGUUCUUCCUACCGACCUUAGUAUCACAACAACCUAUGUGGACUGAUGGUAAAAGUUCAUCUGAAAUAAACAGAUAUAUUCAUUUUUGUUUGCUCCAUGAUAAGCCCAUUGCUUUAUAGCAUCUGGCUAGUUAUUUGACAAAUGUAUGCUAUUCCAUUGGUGGCAGAGUCACGGUCACCAUCAAAAAGCUUUGUCCAUCUUAGCACAGUUCCAUUUCAUGACUUUAUACAAUAUAUCAUAUUAAUUGUUGUCACUUUUACUAUCAAAACCACAAUAUAUAUAUAUAUAUAUAUAUAUAUAUAUAUAUAUGGAUGCACUUUAUACCUUAUAAUUGCACUAUCUGGGGCUCAUACAAGACAGAGUUGCAUUUAAACAAAACUAAAAAAAAUCAAGCGCAAGUCCCUAAUACGCAUGUUUCAUUGGUCGGAAAUCAUGUUGCCUCUGAUUUUUAGAGAUGCUUUUGAUCGCAACUCUUCUUGAAAUGGACCCCCACAUGUAGGAAUUUUCCUAUAAGUAUUAUAGUUAAAUCAAUAUUUUUUUGAGUCGACAUCUACAUUAAGACAUUAUAAAAAUGCUUGAAUAGAUGUCAUCACCAAUUAUGAAAUUGAAACUUGCACAAAAUAAUCAAGCAACAUAAUAAACACAUUCUGAAUUAACUUAUUGACACUCUCAAACUCUGUUACGUGCACAAUGAUCUUGAAAAGGCUUAGCUCGGCCCGGUAGCAUAAAUAGAUGCAAUUAAUUGUACUAUUCAUUGUAACUGUACGUCUGUGGGAAUAAACCAUGUGUGGAAAGUUACAAUCAAUAUCUAAUAUUAAUUUCAUCUCUUUAUGUAACAAGGACCUGGGGUGUUUCACAAAAAUUAUUUAAGUAUAAAGUCGCACUUAAAUGCCAAGGUAUAUGGUAUGCACAAUCUUAAUUGAUUAAUAAUUAACAUGCAUUAGUGCAUGUCCUCUAAGUAUGAUCUGACAAUGAAAGUCUCUGAACAUACACACACAAAAUUGUUCAAAGGCUGAACACAACAUGAUACAUGUACAGUGUAAGAUAUUGACAGCCAAAUAAAGGCCUACAUGUACGUGUACAUAGGUGUCUACAAAAGUCUAUUUUCAUAAUUGCCUUCUUGUGCAAUCAAGACCAAUUACACAGGUAAUAGAAUACUUGUGUUUACAAAGUACACAGUACUUCUUCGGGAAGAAAGAAAUGUUUUUAGUUGGUCAAAAUCUGUUUUUGAAAUGAGAAAAAAUAUUUUGACUUUAAUAUUUCACAAUAACUAAUACUCUUUCAGGAAAAAAAAAAGAUCUUUAGAAUGUAUCAUUUAGAUACCACUUUUUCCUUAAAUUACAAAUAACAAAUUUUGAAAAAGAAAUCAAUUUUGUGAUACUGUUUUAAGGUUAGCAUCUCUUUUUAUCACCAUUUAUUAAUCAUUUUCUACGUAUGUUAUUGCAAAAGGGGUAAUCAUACUUUAUUUUAAGGUAAAGCUGGCUUCUAUCAUUAUUAUAGGAAAGGCAUACGAACUCACUACACAUUCGCAUUUCAUUCAUGGUGACGUGUACAUGUGUAUCCUAUGGAGCGCAUAUAUUUCAUUAACAUUACCAUCACAUUUCAGAUACUAGUACAUGUAUAUGGGAUUUAUGUGGUGUUAAAUGGCAUUUUAAGUCCAAUUGUUGAAAAGUAUAAAAAUCCAUUGUGAGUUUUCAAGUUCUUUUCAUGUUAUUUCGGAAGGGCAUCAUCAUAAAGAGGUUAACCCCGCAGGACCAAAAAAAUAUCUUUCAAAAUAGCUGAAAUGUUCGGGCCUUAUGAUUUUAGCUCCAUACAUGUGUUUUACAUGACAUGCAUGUACAGUAACAUAGAGCAAAAUAGAGAUUAAGCUAUUCAUCUUGGUGUUCCAAACUCUUUCAUCCAAUUAAUUUUUAAAGCCUGGCUAAAGCUUUGGUCAAGCAUUAAUAAUGUGAAUAUAUUCCAAAAUCAUCUACCCCGACAAUCUUACAGAAAAGUAUUAGCCAAUGAAUCUUUUUCUUUUUCCAAUGGCCCUUCUCUGUAAAAAUUCAAACAUUCAAUUCUAUACCUCGUGCCCACUCUCAAUGUUCUUUGGGGGCACAAUUUAUCUUUUUUUUUGUCAUCAUGAAACAAAAUGCACAUAGAUUUUAUAUUUAAUUUUGAUCAGGCACUUUAACAAAAUAUAUUUCCGUAAUUUACACAUUUCAUUCUAUAUCCUCCAGGGGAGCGUUUCAUGAAAGGACUUCCGACAAGUCCUGUUUUUUUCAGAGUUACCAUAGUAACUGUGCUUCUCAGCCAAUCAAAAUGUUGGAAAAUUGUCAGAUCUGACAACUUGUCCGACGAAAAUGUUGAUGAAAUGCUCCCCAGAUCAUAAUUUUUUAGGGCAUAAACUUUCAUAUAACUGUGUAAUUAAUUGGAAUAGUGAAAGGUGCAUAUUGGGGGCCGUUUCAUAAAGCUGUUCUUAAGUUAAAAGCGACUUUAAGAACGACUGGUGAACCCUUAUACACGCUAAACAAUCGCCAAUUCAAUACCAUUUACCACAAGAAAGGAUCACCAGUCGUUCUUAAAGUCGCUCUUAACUUACGAACAGCUUUAUGAAACACCCACCAGGUCACAUUUACACACAGAUGGCUUUUAUUUCAUAUCUUUGCAUCUCUGGGUUCUGUACAAGUCUCUCAUCUCCAAAGUAAAAUUUGUCAAAAGUUUAUCAAAAUGCUAAUAAUCAAAGAUUUACUGCUGGAAAUUAAAGUAACAGAGGGUUGAGAAAGGUCCAAUGGACCAAAGUCCCAUGGUACCAAAAACCUAUGAUGUGUAUAUGUACUUUUCACCCCAAUACCCCCAUUUUCACCAACUAUUACUGCCAAAAUGUGUGUUUAAUACGAUGUGGGAUAUCAUGGUUUACUGACGGAUGGUCUAUUAUCACUUGGUCUAAUCAUCAGAUGGGCUAACAACAUUCGGGCUAAACCCACUUAGUCCAAUUCUCUUUUGGUCUAAUGACCACUUGGUCUAAUAGCCAAUUAGUCUAAUGAACACUUGGUCUAAUAGCCACUUGGUCUAAUGACCACUUGGUCUAAUAGCCAAUUGGUCUAAUGACCACUUGGUCUAAUAACCACUUGGUCUAAUGCCCAGUUGGGCUAAUCGUCACUUGGUCUAAUUUUCAUAUGGUCUAAUUGCCAUUUCGUCUAAUGUAUUUUAUUGUCACUUGGUCUAAUUGCAUUUGGUCUAAUACCAGUUCGUCUAAUAGUCGGAUGGUCUCAUACUAGUUGGUCUAAUACCAGUUGGUCUAAUCCUCACUUGGUCCAUUAUUAAUUUGGUCUAUAUUGCAGUUGGUCUAAUGUACAGCUGGUCUAAUCCUCACUUGGUCCAUUAUUCAGUUGGUCUAAUGUGCAGUUGGUCUAAUUUCCAUUUCGGCCAAUUUCCACUUGGUCUAAUUUCAGAUAGUCUAACAUUCAUUUCGUGAUGCCAUUUGGUCUAAUUUGUAAAGUCUGCAUGGUGACUUGUUUUCAAUUUUCUGGUGAAAUUUUUUAAGUUAUUUUCCGCGCGCCGGCUUCGAAUCUUCACACGUGCGCCCCUCGAUAUUAGAGUACAGUUAGAGUGACGUUUGUUUGUGUGUUUGUUUUAUUUUUAUUUCUGCGUUCACAAUACAUUAUUACAAAUAUUUACAUUGUUUGUAAUAUACAAAAUAAUUCAUAAUGCAUGCAAUAUAAACAUAAUACAUAAUUUGAAGGAAAAAAAAUGGUGUGGGCAUAUACUUCACAUUUUGAUAAUAAAAAAGGAGCAUUAACAAAAUUUAAUGAACGCAGGAGACCGCCAUCGUGAGCGGUUAAGCUUGUAAUUGAUGGCGGCCUCAUAAAAAGGGUUCGUGACUAUGAUUGGUAAUUACUGAACAAGUGGGUGCAAUGCAGGUGCGGGUGCAGAAGAUAGCUGUAGAAUUUAUAUUUUUUAUUUAAUUAAUAGUGGUAAAUGAGGAUUAAUUUGAAGGUUGGGAUGAAUCAGAUCGAAUGAUAUUUCUUUUAAAAGUUGAUUUUAAAGAGUAUAAAGUGGAACAAGAUUUAAUAUUUUCUGCAAGAUUAUUCCAAAUGUGUAGACCAUGAUGUCGAAUUGAUUUAGAGGUAAUUAACAGUCUGGGGUUUGUGAGAUGAAAGUUUCAAGAUGUACGAGUUGGGUAGGUAUGGACAGAACUAUUGAACUUAAACAUAUCAUCAAAAGACGAAGGGAGUGGGUUAUUAAUAUACUUAAACAUAAUGAUAGCCACUUGAAGAGUAUAUAAGUCGGCAUCUUUUAGUGUUUUCUGUUUAAAAAAUAAUGGAUUAGUGUGAGUCAAGUAAUGAGUUCCUGUACAGAUGCGAAUAACUCUCUUUUGUCAUUUGAAAAUAGAAGUCAGCUUUGUUGAGCCACAAUUAGCCCAAACAACGUUGCAAUAAGUAAUAUACGGGAGUACUAAGGAAUUGUACAAUAGGAAUAAAGUUUUAAGAGGCAAAAUAAAUUUUAACUUAGAAAUAAUUCCAAUGCUUCUCGAAAUACACAUUGUAAUAUGGUGCAGAUGCUCAUUCCAAGAUAAAGCUUCAUCUAUGAUAACCCCUAAAAAUUUAGAGUGAGUUUUCCGUUCUAAUGACUUGCAUUCAAUCUGUAGGUGAAAUUGAGUGUUAGAAAUAUGAGAGUGAUGUUUAAAAUAUAUGUAGUGAGUUUUUGUGUGUUCAAAGAUAAUUUGUUAGCUUUGAACCACUGUGAUACUUUGUUUAUUUUAUGAUUUAUAAUAUUGUAUAAGGAAGUGGGAUUUGUAUGAGAAAAAAAAAUAUUUGUGUCGUCAGCGAAUAAUACAAAAGAUAAAAUGGAUGAUGUAUUAAUAAUGUCAUUGAUAUAUAGUAAAAAAAAUAAUAGUGGGCCUAAUAUGGAGCCUUGAGGGACACCACAACGAACUAAAAGUGAGUCAGAGUCAUAACCAUUAAAUGCGACGUAUUGUUUUCGAUUUCUUAAGUAAUCUUUAAACCAAAGGAGGGAUUGACCUCGUACGCCAUAAUAAUUAAGUUUUGAGAGUAGAAUGUCGUGAUUAAGUGUAUCAAAUGCCUUACUAAGGUCACAAAAUAUGCCAAUGACAUGUUCUUUGUUGGCAAUGGCGUUUGUAAUUUUAUCAUAGAUUUGGAUUAAAGCCAAGUUUGUUGAGUAAUUUUUCCUAAAGCCAUAUUUCUUAGAAUUUAGCAGAUUGUGUUUGCUGAUGAAUUUAUGAAGUCUGUUAUAUACUAUUUUUUCUAAGAUUUUUGAUAUAGAUGGGAGAAGAGAAAUGGGGCGAUAAUCAUUAAUUUCAUAAGGAUUGUCUUUUUUGAAAAUUGGAUUGACUUUGGCGAUUUUGAAUAAGUCAGGAAAAAUCCUUGUGAUAAUGAUUUAUUAAAAAUGUUACUAAGAGGAUUAGCAAGUGGUUGAAUUAUUUCUUUUAAAAGAGACAUACUAAUUCUAUCAUGUCCAUGCGAUUUUGAACUGUUAAGAGACCGUGUAAUAUUGAUAAUUUCAGUUGGGUCUGAAGGGUUAAAAAAUAUAGAGUGUGGAUUAGGUUCGGGGAGAUAGUCGGUAAAACGCGCAUUAGGGCUAUUAAUUUUGCUUGAAAGUUCGGGUCCGAUAUUUGUGAAAAAUGAAUUAAAUGAAUUUGCAUGAAGGGAAGAGUCAAUUUUAAAACCGUUUAGAGUCAUAUCAUCAGUAGGAGGGGAAUCUGUCUUUGUUCCCAUUACCUCUUUAAUGAUUUUCCAAGUUGCAUUAGUGUUUGAACUGGCAUUCUUUAUUCUAUUAGCGUAAUACAUUUUACGUGAUAUACGAAUUAAUUUUGUCAAUUUGUUUCGAUAUACUUUAUAUGUUUUUAAGUUAGCUUCGGACGGUUUGUGUAAAUGUGACUUGUAAAGGCGAUUACGUGUAUGUAUUGAUUUCAAUAUACCUUUUGUUAUCCAGGGAUGUUUGGGGUCUUUUUUCGAUUAUUUUUCAUUCUACCUAUGGGGAUAUUCUUAUCGUAAUAAUGUUGUAAUUUAUCAUUAAAGCGAUUAUAAGAUGUGUUUGCUCCAACUUCGUUAUAGACAUCCUCCCAUUCUUCAAUUGCUAAGUCUUGUUUCAAUAAUUCAAUAUUACGUUUAGAUUCUCUUCUAUAUGUAUGUUGGUUAAAUGUUUUGAGGUAUGCGCCAAUGUUUGUUGUUUGUGCUAUAGCGCCACCUUGUGGUGAAUUGGUUUUAGUGCCAUUACAACGAUGGUAAUUCGCCCCUUGAUGGCGCCGCGGUUGAAGUCAUGAGCUGCCUAAUAAAUUAAGGUACAAUUAUUCAA